GCAUCAUACAGUUCUGUAAUAUGGAAAAAUACUUAGUUUUCCCGCGCGUAUUUUGAUGUACAUUGAACAGUUUUACGAAUUUUUUUUAGCACUGUUUAUAUCAUAUUUUAUAUUUAUAGCGAUAAUACAUAAAUAGAUAGUUUUAAUCAACACAUAAUUGCGUGAUUUCUAUUUAAUCUCAUACUCUGAAUUCUGCAGAGAUGGAUCUGCCUUGUGAUUGGCAGAUCAACAAACAAAAACUUUUAGAACGUACUCAAUAUUUAUUAGCAACAGGACAAUGGUCUGACUGCAAGUUUGUAGUUGGUCAAGAACCCCAUCAACAAACAUUAAAAGUACAUAAAUUAUUUUUAGCUAUGUCUAGUCCUGUUUUUGAAGCUAUGUUUUUUGGGGGUAUGGCAGAAAAAAAUGAUUUGAUAUCUAUUGAAGAUGUUCAACCAGAAGCUUUUAAAGCUCUAUUGGAAUACAUAUAUACAGAUCGAGUUGAUUUAAAUUCUUUUGAAUUAGCUUGUGAAUUAUGUUAUUGUGCCAAAAAAUACAUGCUUCCUCCUUUGAUAAAAGAAUGUACAAAAUAUCUAUGUUCUGAUGUGUCUCCAAAAACAGCUUGCAGAGCAUAUGAAUUUGCUAGAUUAUUUGAUGAACGUACAUUAAUGGAAAAGUGUCUUGAAAUUAUUUGCACAAGGACGAAUGAAGUUUUAAGAGAACCUAAUUGGGAAGAAGUUGAAUUAGAAACAUUAUUAACAGUGUUAGAACAAGAAGAUUUACAAAUAAACUCUGAAGUGGAAUUAUUUAUUGCAGUGGAACGUUGGGCAAAAGCUGAAUGCACAAGAAAAUCUCUUGAUCCUAAUGAUGGAAAGUCUUUAAAAUCAGUAAUUGGUAAUGCAUUAUCAAAAAUUAGAUUUUUAAGUUUAAGUGCUCAGGAAUUUGCAGAAGGACCAGGAAUGUCGCCAUUGCUUACUCAAGAUGAAACUUUUGCAAUACUCAUGAAUACACUAUGUACUGGGAAUAAAGCACCUAUGCCUGAAGGAUUUUCAACUAAUUCACAUAGUAGAGUUAAUAUAUGCAAACCUCCAAUUACACAUAUAACUUGUUCGCUUAAGUCAGUUAAUCCAUGUUAUAAACCAGUUGAUCCAUAUUUUAAAUCAUUUAUGCCACACUAUUGGUCUUCAUAUGAUCAACCUGUAUCUAUUAAUGAAGCUGAAUCUAGCGGUACAUUAUCAAAUGCAUUGCCAAUAAUGGGAGCAAGAAAGGAUGCUGAAAAUUUAUCUAUGAACAAUUCAUCUCCUGUUGUAAUUGAAAGUGCUAUGCGAGAAUUAACAAAACAAUAUUGCUUAAGAUCUUUACCUCGAAAUAGUAUUAUAACAAAAUGUGUUAAUACAAAUGUAUUAGAAUGUUCCGUAACAUUUAGUGUAGACAAAAAUAUUUGGGUAUUGGGUGUGCAAGUACCUACACAAAUUAAUGACAAUACUUAUCGUAUUGAUAGCAUUUCAUAUACCGAAGUUUUAUAUGCUCAUCUUCUUGAUUCAGAUAAUACUCGGUUAACUUAUACACAUUUUUCUACGAAAGUAAAAAUGAAUACUCUUGUGGAAAUUACAUUUAAUCGAGCUGUUUGUAUUCUAAAGAAUAGGGUUUAUCGAGUUGGGGUAGUAUUUAAUGCACGUGGCAAGUAUCCAAUAGGAAUUUGUACACAAAAUAUGACCUGUGAUUCUGUAUCCUUUUCAUUCCGCGUUGGUAAUAGUACAGAUAAUGUACGAGAUGGUCUCAUUCGAUCUAUAGUUUUUACACAUCAUGAUACCAAUAAUAUGUAAUACCAAUAAUAAAAAUGGCUUACAUAAAAAAAAUGAAUUUAAAUACGUAUUUUAAAUUUUAAUGAUGAAAUAGUAUAUUUUAUUCUGUUUUAUACUUCUGAUGUAUUAUUAUA